AUGAGCUUCUUCGGGGCCCCAUCUCAGCUCGGCGGACAAUGGUUCUCUGUCGGCCUGGCCUCGUCGUUUCCCGACUCGGGGCUCGAUGAUGACAACUUGGCAAAAUACAGAUCGUGUAGUGCAGAGCUUAGGCCGGGAUGCAAAGUUUUUCAGGUGCCGAGAGAAGACAGCUCGCAAAGGGCAGAAGUUGCUAUUGGAGAGGAUGGGAUGUUGGAACUUUCUGAUAUGAAAGGUUUAAAAGACCAAGUUCUUGUAUUCAAGUACAAAGGGAAAUUUCACGCUGUUGAUCAUAAAUGCCCUCAUUCGUCCUACCCCCUCUCUCAAGCCACCCCAUUUGACAUCGAGGAUUUCGGCGUUGUGCUAAGUGCCGGAUUGGCCUGUCCAAAGCAUGACUGGUCGUUUGAUCUUUUUACCGGAACAGGGGACCGUGGAAAUUAUCAACUUGGAAUUUGGGAAACUCAAUUACGCGAAGUAGAGGGCUCGGAAACGCCGGCAGAUAAAGUCUCAGAUUCCACGGAACAGGAAGUAUGGGUUCGGAGAAGGCAGCGCAUCGGAUAG